UUUGUCAAUUGGUCCAAGCAAAGAUAAUCCUUCCAUGUGGUUCCAGCAGUUAGCCCAUUCUUUCUCAAUGUGGCCAAAUUAAUGUAUGCGUCAGUUAACUGAGCUAAGUCGACAUCGAAAUAUAUGAGUGGCAUAUCUAGCAACAAAUCAUCCAGGAUGCAAAAAAAUGAAAUUAUGAUGGUCGUCGUAACUUCCGUGUGUGGAUUAUGAAACCUCGAUCCAGACAAACCUUCUGAAAGUAAAAGAUUUGAAAGAAGCAACACCCAGAGAAGAGAGGACUAGGAGGAGAUUUCUUGGAACUUGCAACCCAGCAACCAUGCGAACUCUUGAAGUCCUUUCUUCUUCAGCACUAAUCCAAACUAGAUUCCACAAAUCUUCAAAUCAUAACCCCAUUUGUUCAUCUCUUCCCUUCUUCAAUGCAAAUCCACUCAUGAAUUCUUCUUUCCAAAAGAUUUCUGUAAACAAAUCCAGAUUCAAGAUUUCUUCAACAUCAUCACCAUCAAUUUCGUCUGAACCCAUAAUAAACCCAUCAUCACUUGAGAAUGAAUUUCAAGAAGAAGGGGAAGAGGAGAAAUUCGACUGGUUUUCACACUGGUAUCCAGUAAUUCCACUCUGUGAUUUAGAUAAGAGGGUCCCACAUGCAAAGAGAGUAAUGGGUUUAGACAUUGUUGUGUGGUGGGAUAGAAAUGAAGAUAAAUGGCAAGUAUUUGAUGAUAGUUGUCCUCAUAGAUUAGCUCCUCUUUCAGAAGGUAGAAUUGAUCAGUGGGGAAGGUUGCAGUGUGUUUAUCAUGGAUGGUGUUUUGAUGGUGCUGGUGAUUGCAAAUUCAUUCCACAAGCACCAAUUGAUGGCCCACCGGUUAACAUUUUCAAGAAAGCAUGUGCCAGAGUGUAUCCAAGUUUGGAGCAAAAUGGACUACUUUGGUUUUGGCCAAACACAGACCCUCAAUACAAACAUAUUGCUACGAAAGAAAAACCUCCAUAUAUCCCAGAGUUGGAUGAUCCAUCGUUUUCAUCUUUAAUGGGGAAUAGAGAAAUUCCCUACGGAUAUGAAGUUCUGAUCGAAAAUCUCAUGGACCCUGCUCAUGUUCCAUAUGCGCAUUAUGGAAUAAUGCGAAUACCCAACAAAUCCUCUAAGCUUGACAGAGAAGGUGGUACACCUAUCGAGAUUAAUGUACAAAGGUUAGAUAAAACGGGCUUCCUUGCGAAGCAGGACCGUGGGCAUAACAAAUUUAUAGCGCCAUGCGUGUUUUAUUCUUAUCCGAAUAUGACAUCAGGGAGUGGAUCUCAAUCAUCUGUUGGUAGUGAAAAGGCGGCACCAGAAGCUGUUAAAAAACGGCAAAUGCUGCUUAUAUUUUUGUGCAUCCCAGUUGGUCCUGGUAGAAGCAGAGUUAUAUGGACGUUUCCGAGAAAUUUUGGACAAUGGCUUGACAAAAUUAUUCCCAGAUGGGUCUUUCAUGUGGGACAGAACUUGAUUCUUGAUUCAGAUUUGUAUCUUCUUCACUUGGAGGAGCAUAAGCUAAUGGAUGUUGGAUACACCAAUUGGCAAAAGGCGUGCUUUGUGCCCACCAAGUCAGAUGGUCUUGUUGUUGCCUUCAGAAAGUGGUUAAGAAAAUAUUCAGGUGGUCAAAUCGAUUGGGGUACCAAGUUCAAGGGGAUUCUUCCCCCAACUCCUCCCAAAGAGCAGCUAAUGGACAGGUACUGGUCUCACGUGGUAAACUGCAGUAGCUGUCGUGUCGCACUUAAGGGUCUAAGAAUUCUGGAAGUUGCCUUGCCUAUUGUGGCAGUAGUUGCAAUUGGAAUUGUUGCAGCUGUAAAGCAAGGUUUUCUGGCGUCGAUGGCUGUGCGGAUUAGUAUAGUCACUCUAGCGGUGUUGUGUUUUGCUGCUUCAAAAUGGCUUUCUCACUUCAUUUACAAGAACUUCUAUUUCCACGACUAUAAUCACGCUCUAAGAUGAUGUCUUGUCAUUUUAUAUCUGUAAGUAGCCAUUAUCCUUACUCUAUUAUAGUGAUAAUUAUUCUUAUGCUGGAUGCAUUUUGAUCUCCGAAAAGGUCCUUGUAGUUGAUUGCCAACAAUUACAACUCCACAUGAUUCACAAUAUUCUCUAGUCUUCUUUUUUUCAUCUUUAUUUAGUGAAGGCAAGUGUUUCCUCAGGCACAAGUUCCACUUCUUUAUAGCCCCAAAGUUUCUUGCACAGAGCAAUCCACCCUAUUCCAGUUUCUAGCCAUUUCAAUGGGCUGAUCACCCUUUUCAAGAGUGUGCUAGUUAAAAGUAAAUAUCCCAUCAACAAAUUGGUUUCACUAGUUCACUUUAUUCUCUUACCUUUUCUUCUUGUCUUAUUUCCAACCUAUCAUGUCAUACCUCUGGACCUUAUUUUGCCUUGAUAACACGAACAGGAAAUCGAGAUACCUAUUUCAGAUUGAACCUUCGUUUGAUCUCUUUAAAUAGUGUUGUCUACACAGAUGUAAGUUUUUGCGUUCACUUGAUUAUAUAUAUACACGAAAUGUAUGCAGUUAACUGUAACUGUCUUUUGCUCGAUUCAUUUUUCAUUUCUAUGUAAAGUGUAAACUGAUAAAUUUGUGGAAACAUAGAUUUGUAUAUUAUACUAAAAACUGU